AUGCGGGGGGGCUACACGGACGAGCCCAUCUCCAAGAUCCUGACGGAGCUGUGGGCGAGCGACGUGGUGCAGCUGGACCGCUGGAAGCUGACGGUGGAGCGCAACCCGGCGGCGGGCGGCGCCGCGCCCGACGACGAGAGCGAGCCCGUCAAGGAGCAGCUGCCGCUCAACGUCGUCAACAACUACUUCUCGCUCGGCGUCGACGCGCACAUCGCGCUCGAGUUCCACGAGGCCAGGGAGGCGCACCCGGAGAAGUUCAACUCGCGGCUGCGCAACAAGAUGUUCUACGGGCAGGCGGGCGGGCGCGACCUGCUGCGGCGCAAGUGGCGCGCCCUGGCUGAGUUCGUGACGCUGGAGUGCGACGGGCGCGACCUGACGGCGCGCCUGCGCGACCUCAAGGUGCACGCCAUCGUGUUCCUCAACAUCCCCAGCUACGGCGGCGGCACGCGCCCGUGGAACCGCGCCGCCGCGGCCGCCGAGCAGCAGACCGACGACGGGCUCAUCGAAGUGGUCGGCCUCACCACCUACCAACUG